AUGGCGCCGAACGCGCGUACUCUGCGGCUAACACACCAGCUGGUGGCUGGCAGAGGUGCCUCCGCCUCUUCCGCGGUGCCCCGGUACUUCGAUGUGCCGCCAGGUAGCGAGGAUGCAGAGUUUGCCGGACAUCUACGAUGGAUGUCGCAAAAGAUGGAGCUGGGUCAAGACAUGCUCCUUUUGGGCCCGCCCGGGAGCCUUCGACGGCAACUGGCGCUGAGGUUUUGUGAGCUGCAGAACCGCGAGGCAGAGGUCCUCACAGUGACCCGGGACACCACCGAGGCGGAUUUGAAGCAGCGCAGGGAGCUGAGCAGGAGUGCUGGCAGUCGCACCGUCUACGUGGACAGUGCUCCAGUGCGGUGUGCACUGCGUGGCCGCGUCCUCGUCCUGGACGGCUUGGAGAAGGCCGAGCGGAAUGUCCUGCCGACGCUCAACAACUUGUUGGAGAACAGAGAGAUGCAGUUGGACGAUGGGCGGCUGCUCAUCCCAGCCCGGCGCUAUGACGUGCUCUCGCACGAGGCCGUCUCCACCGAGGAAGGCAAAGCCAAGCUAGUUCGCGUACAUAAAGACUUCCGAGUCUUGGCUUUAGCUGUGCCAUGCCCUCCUUGGCCGGGAAAUCCCCUGGAUCCUCCCCUAAGGUCUCGGUUCCAGGCGCGGAUCAUCAUGCCGCCGACGCUGGUUUCGGCCGUGCAGCUGGCGCCCUUCUUUCGUUUACCCGCCGACACCACGGAAUUGGAUAAGCUCCUGCGGCGCCUCACAGCUCUGCAGCGAGCCUUAGACAGCGGUCAGAUGCCAGGCCUCCGGAGCCCCACCUUGACCUACGAUGCCAUCGCGCGGCUCCUGCGCUUGGUCUUAGGACCCGGAGGCUUCGAACAAGCUGGCGAGGCCUUCCACCGGGUUUACCCCAUCGCCCAGCUCUGUGGAGCCGGAGCCAAGAACGCGGUGCGCGACGCCACUGAGCAGCUGCUUCGACACUUCGACUUAGCCGAGGAGACACGUCCAAUGAGUGUGUCUACGACUUCAAGUGCGAAGAAACCGGGCACGGUGCAGCUGGAGUUGCAAGAAGAAGGUGCCGCUGCACGGAACCUCACCGUGUCCCUUGCUUCGCCGGCGUUGCCCGCGGCGCCGGCCAGCUUUGUGGCCUCCAAGCCACUGAAGGCCUUGUUGGCACACCUGGUUCAGGAUUUCGCAUCUGGUAGUGACUGCCUCCUCAUCGGCCCUGCUGGCUGUGGAAAGUCUGCACUUGCCAGGCACUUGGCAGGGCUCCUGGGCCACGGUGCACCCGGCGCCAAUGGCCUCGAGUUCUUCUUCCUUCAUGAAGAGAUGUCGUCUAGAGACCUCUUACAGCGGCGUGCCACCAAUGAUGAGGGCGAUACCAUUUGGGUGGACUCACCUUUGGUCCGUGCGGCCAGAUCUGGGGCCAUGUGUAUCCUCGACGGUGCUCAUCGACUCAAGGGUGAUGCGCUUUGCGCGCUGGCGCCCCUUCUGCAGGACCGACAAGCAUGUUUGGCAGUUGCUGGAGAUCCUCGAGGGGCUUGCUGGGAGCUGCUGCUGCGCCAAGACCGGUUUCAGGCGCUUUCUACAAAUGGAUUCGAUGCCGAGGCCGGAUGCUUGGUCUCGCCCAUUGCGCCCAGCUUCCGCGUCCUGGCCCUGGCCGAGCCACCCAGCCUUCAGCAACCGUGGCUGACGGAGGAGCUCAGCGACAUGAAGGAGCAGCCACCGUCGGAGCUGUCCAGCGGAGGGGAUAUUGAAGUGGAAGUCGACACAUUUCAAAGGCGGACGACGCCUGUGGAUGUGGAGCCGGAGAUCUUACGAGGUAUCUCCAUCCGAAAGUCCUUGCGCUAUGUCAGACAGCUUUGGUGGCAGUCUCCGCUGGAUCUGAAAGAAAAGAAGCGAGAAGCCUUGUGGUCAAGAGGAAAGGUGGUUCAGGCCUUCGAUAUCUUCUUGUCGCAUACUUGGAUGACCUCGGGGAUGUCCAAGUUUCUCGCACUAUUGCUCCAAUCAGCUUGGAUGUCUGCUUUGCUGACCUGGUUUUUGGCCAUGCUCAUCCUCCUCUGGCUCUACAUGGCCGAACUCCUCCCCAUGUUGGGGCGCUACUCCUUCAAUGACGGGAGCUACGUGCCAUUGGGACCCUGGAUGACAGUCUUCAGUCUGCCAUCCUGCUUGCUUGGCUUUCUUUUCAAAGUGUAUAUGCCUGAGCGGGUGUGGGCCUCGCCCGUGUGCUUUCUCGAUGCCGUCAGUAUCAACCAAACCGAUCGAGCAUUGAUGAAGCAGGCAGUUUAUGGUCUUGCCGGCUUCCUAAAGGCCUCGAAGGAGUUAAGGAUCUUAUGGUCUCCUCCAUACUUGUCCAGAUUGUGGUGCAUUUUUGAAUUGGCGGCAUAUCACACCGUCAAUCCUUCAGGAAAGGUUACGCUAGCCCCUCUCUUCGUGGAGACAGCUGUAGCUGUAUAUUUGGUUGGGAACUACUUCAUCUCUCUUGUCUUCGUCAUUGAUAGGGACGGCUAUAUUGGCUUGUCGGUGGGAUUGCAGCUGGUGUUGACCUUCGUCUUGGUCCGCUUUUUGCGGAGAAGCCUCUUAGUGAAGCGAAAGCUUUUCUCUGACCUGGAGACCUUUGAUGUAGAAUUAGCUGAGUGCCGCCUCCAGUAUGACAGAGAAUUUGUGUUCAAUGCGAUUACAGAGUGGUUUGGCAACAAGGAGGCCUUCACCGAAUAUGUCCGAUCCCGUUUAGGCCAAGCGGUGAUGUCCGGCUUCUCAGCCAAUACCAUCCCAAUCCAAUAUCAGCUUUUGGUGAUCACUUCGGAAGUGAGCCUGAACAUGGACAAUUUCGUAGCGCUGUGGAUGGGGGGUGCACCUUCAGAUCUCAUUAUUGCUCAUUUUUUGGCCAUGGUCAUCGGGUAUGCACUCUGCUGGCGAAUUGCUUGUUUGAGCUUGGUGGUGUAUCUAUGCGACUUGGUGUCGUUUUGCUCGAAACUCAACAAGUGGGCCAUGAUUGCUUUGGACUUCCUGAUCUUUGUGGUCACCAACCUGGCCCUGGCAGGUGGUCUUUUCGCUGCUCGGGCAACCUAUUCGAGUCGUUUUCGUCUCCCUAUGGCAGCCGCCUGGUGUGGAGUGGCCAUUCUGCUGGCGGGUUUCUCGCAGGGCCUUCCGCAGAGGAUGUGGAGGUUUGUCAAGUCCAAGAUCUGGAAGUGA